AUGGACGAAAGCUCAAGCUAUGCAGACAGUGAAGCCCUUAUCAACUUUAUAGAGAUCACCGGAGCAGACUUUGAAACUGCUCAGCGAUAUAUUGAAUUUGCACAGGGCGAUGCAGAAGCCGCCGUCACUUUAUAUCUGGAAAGUGGUAGUAGCCUCGAUACACAUCAAUCAACAAUAAAUACUACUCCGAUCUCGAAUGCACCUCAGCGCAUGGCUCAUACCAAUGCUGAGCCUGCUGUAUAUGUUGGAUCUGAAUCUACUCAUCACAACCCAGAUCCUAUUCCAGCUCGUCGUAGUAUACUGAUUGGAGAUGAUACUGAAGAUGGGAAUGUGGUAGACACUAGUUAUCAAGUUCGAGGUCGUGCAUACAGGUCUUAUCCUAACUAUUCAACCGAUGAGACUUCACGAGAGCCGUUUCGAAACAUUGGCCAGGAGACUAUUCGAGAAACCACCAAUGCCAAUACUAGUGAUAGUAGACAAGAUAGGCUUGCAAUACUUUUUCAACCUCCAUUGGAUAUCAUGUUUCAAGGCAGUUUUGACGAGGCUCGCAAUUUGGCCCGUAAAACAGGGAAAUGGCUUAUGGUGGCAAUCCAUGACCCAAGCGAAUUUGCCUGUCAAGCCAUGAAUCGUGAUCUUUGGCGCAAUCCCAGCAAGUAUUUGCUUUACUCUGUCAAAGAUCUUGUUCGUGAGAAUUUUGUAUUUGUUCAGUUUGGAUCUCAAAGCUCUGAAGGAAAAAUGCACAUUAACUUUUACCCAAUCGAGAACUACCCAUAUAUUGGCAUUAUUGAUCCACUCACAGGUGAACGAAUUAAACUUUGGAGGGUUCAAAUUGAUCCAUCAGCGUUUAUGGUAGAAGUGGUCGAGUUUAUGGAUCGAUAUCAAACCCACCUUAGUAAUGAACCCACCUCCUCUGCAGCAAUUAGCGGUUUAAACAGUGCAUCCAACCCAACUACCAAGCAGUCAUCAAAGAUUAUAGAUCUUACAGAAGAAGAGCAGCUCAAUCUUGCAAUUUCUGCGUCUCUUGGUGAAGCUAAAACAGGCAAUCGUGACAUGGCAAAUACUACCAGUAACUUGAACGUCAUGCCACUUCCUAGUAAAGAUGAUCCAAAAUAUGCUUUGGCUGUGUUUAAACAGAUUGACGCAGUUCCAUAUGUAGAACCGACAGGAUCUCCAGAUACGAUUACACGAAUUCAAUUUCGACUUCCAAAUGGACAGAAAAGUGUAUAUCGGUUCCUCAAGUCCGACCUAGUUCGAAGAUUAUUUGAAUCCAUCAAAGCAGCGCACCCAGAAAUCACUCAGUCAUUUGAGUUGCUGCAUUUCCGGGACACUUUACUAAGAAAGAUGGAUCAAACAAUUGAGCAAGCAGGAUUGGUGAAUGUAGCGCUGGUAGUAGAUUUAUUUGAAUAAAGUGAUUCCAAAUGACUGUCGGACUGGAUUGACAGCAAC